AUGGCCACGCCCACGGUGAAGCUAGCCGACAGUCUGCUUAAUGAGCUGCGAUUUGUUAAGUGUGCGCCUAUGACGUCAUCCGAGUUUGCUGGUGGGCCUGCGCAAGGUCUGAAUGGCCUCGGCGCUUUCUACUACGACACACAUACGGCUCAAUCCGCACCUACCGCGUAUUUUCAACAGCAAACGGCUGGUUCUGGUGUUGGACCCGCACAGAGUUUUACCAAUCCAUCUGCGGCUAAUUCACAGGAUCCGGUGAGUAUUCUACAAAUUUUUCUUGAAAAUUUCUCAUUUCAUCCUUUAUCUGCUCUCCUCUCAUUUCCCGUUCGCCCCUCAACAGCCAAUCUUAUUUGA